AGCUUCCGACACUUCUCUUCCUAUCGCCGUCCAACUUGCCGUGUAUCCAUGGCAACCACUGUAGCUACACCAGGUCCGGUCGUCUCUCGGCGCAUCCCGUUACCUUUUCUCUGGAGGCUAACAGCCGAGGGUAAGACCGCAGCGACUCAUGGAGAAAAUAAAAAGUUAAAAGAAAAUUAAAUGUCAAGUGAGUAGUUUUAGUUCACGUGUUGUUUUUGGAGAGUCAUGACGCCCUCGCAGAGAGCCAGGUACGGAUGUGAGGCGGCGCGAAACGCUAAAUGGAGGAUUGCAGCUCCUCCAGCCCCCUUGUUGAAGCGUGCUGGUGGGGCACCUCAGCCAUGGCCCAUUCACUCCCACCCUCAAGGGCAGCUUCACAGGUCCCACUUCCCUCCUCCUCCUCCUCCUCCUCCUCCCCCUCCUCACCUCCCUCUCUUCCACACCCGCCAUGCAGAGGAGAGCGCAGAGAGGCCCCGUCUGGUCACCAUCGUCCGUCCCUGUGGUCAAAGCACACUACGCAAGGUAACAGUCCUGUUGAACCGUAGGGGUGUGGUGUCCUUCGAACAACUGCUAUUGGAUAUCUCAGAGGCGUUGGGGUUUCCUCGCUGGCACAGAGCCAGAGUCACACGCCUGUACACGACCCACGCACGAGAGGUGAAAGGUGUAUGUGAUUUCUUCCGAGGUGAGGUUGCCUUCCUGGCGCUGGGGAAGUCUCGUCCAGAGCUGAGCAGUGUGCAGGAGGCUCUGGAGGAGCUGUUUCCAGAACAUUCCCAUUACCGAGCAGAAGCACUGCGGGCCUGGGAGAAAAGACUCCGUCCAGCGCCAGAUAAAGCAGCUAAGGCCGACAGUGGAUACAGUGAGGGGACAGACAGCAGUGAGACACACACUAACCAGGAGACACGCCAGGACGCAAACACACAUGUAAAAAAUCAUACCAAGACGCACACAGUUACACAACCGCCUCAGCACAUAGACACAGAACAUUAUAAAGCAGAUGUUCAGAAGUGUCAUAAAAAGAAUUCAUGCCGAAAACCUGCUCACCUGCCCAACCACCUGCAGAGACUGCACGUGAGGGGCGGGGUCAGGGAGCAACAGCCUUCUGUCAUUGGUCCAUUUAAACAUGAGGAAGGUCUUAGAGAAACAGAUGUUCCCUCUCCAACACUGUGUGAAAACUGCUUAGCAAAGAGGGUCAAACAUAAGGGUCCCGAGCGGCUCAAUCCGCUGUCAGGGAAGGUCCCACUUCCUCCUGUGUCUAGGAAGCCAAAAGGAAGUUCUUAUACGGAACAGGAAGUGAGAAAAUUGUACGUUCAUAUCAGCCCUCCACCUCCUCGUCCGGUCAGCAGAGAGGAGGAGAAGAGCGUUGCCCAGUUACAACUUUCAAAUCCACUUCCAGAUGUGGGUCAAGUACACAAGGAAGUAGAACAGAGGACGACCUUUGACCUUCCCUCAGAGGGCAGUGAUGUCACCCUGGCAGAUAUUGAGCGCUGCUAUGAAAUUGGACGUUUGGUUGGAGACGGCAACUUCGCGGUAGUGCGAGAGUGCCACCGUCGUGACAACGGACAAACCCUCGCUGUGAAGAUCGUCGAGCGCUCCAAGCUGAUUGGUCGAGAGCACAUGAUGCAGAACGAGCUGAGCCUUCUGGGUAGCCUCAGUCACCCUCGCAUAGUGCGGCUGGUUGCACACCACCACACACACACUCACUCCUACCUGGUGAUGGAGCUGGUGAGCGGGGGGGAUCUGUUUGAGGCCAUCAGUGAGAGGGGGACGUUUUCAGAGGCAGAGGCGGGACUGAUGGUGUCGGAUGUGACUGAAGCACUGAAUUACAUCCACUGCAAAAGUAUCGUCCAUCGAGACCUCAAACCAGAAAACCUACUGAUAGAGCGUGUAGCUGCUGGCAUCUGUAGGCUGAAGCUGGGAGACUUUGGUCUUGCCAUGGUUGUGACUGAACCAGUCUUCACCAUAUGUGGCACACCCACGUAUGUAGCCCCAGAGAUUCUCUGUGAGACAGGUUAUGGUGUCGCUGUGGAUGUAUGGGCUCUGGGUGUUAUUCUCUACAUCCUGCUGUGUGGAUUCCCUCCAUUUCGAAGUCGGGAUCGGGACCAGGAAGAGCUGUUCCAGCUAAUAAAACAGGGACAAAUCCACUUCCUGUCCCCCUACUGGGACCCCAUCUCAGAAGAAGCCAGAGGCCUUGUCCGAGCUCUGCUACAGCCUGAUCCAACAGUGAGACUGACAGCAGAGCAGACCUUGCUGCAUCCCUGGGUGAAGGCUAUGGCUUCAAUUUGCAGGCAGAGGGCGCUCACAGACAAAGCUCAGAAGAGCACAGCAGACACUGGAGCAGAACCAGACAGAGUCCAGAGACUAGUUGAGACCAAUGCAGCAGAAACAUGUACAGACAAAACACCAGGACACACCAGCAGUGAGGGAGAAAUCACACAUAAAGAGCAGAGCAGACAUGAUGAGAGACAAACUGAGAUAAACACAGAAAGAAGACAAGAUGAUGACAAACCACCACAGCAACAAGCAAAAGAGACAGUUCACACCAUAUCUCCACAGUUCAAAGUCCACACACCUUCAGAGGCCACGCCUGGUCAACAGAGACCAGAAUGCUCUUCUACAGACUCUGGCUCACCCAGCAGGCAAGAAAUACAGGAUCUAGAUCCCAAGCUUUCAAACACAGACUGCGAUCCUGGCAGCCCAAACAGCCCGAGUGUUGAACUCAAUCAGCUCGGUGCCCAAACUGAGCCUUCAUCCCAGAUUAAGACACACUCAAAACCAAACAGCCAACAGCAGUCACCUCCAUAUCCACCACCUUCAACCAAUCUGGGUCACUUAACACAACACCAGCCAUCCUCCAACCCAGCAGCAGCCUCUGCAGUCCACUCUCCCCACCAGCAGAACUUCACCUCUCCCCUGUACAACCCCGCCACAGCCACCGCCGAAAUCCACCCAUCUAAGAACUACGACGAGCCGCACUCCACCACCCUCACGCACCCACCCACACAAUCUUGACCUCACUGUCAAUCCCCCUGUUUAACUGCGUGAUUAGAUCAGGCUCAUCGCUUUCAUGGUUCCGGACAAUACCACUGAUUUCUCAGCAGCUGAAAACCUUGAAUGACCUGCAGAUGAUGUGAUUUACUCUCUUGGGGCUGAAUAGGGUCUAAUUGAUGACGCCUGAUAAAUCCCAUAAAUGUGUGUAAUCAAUGUGUCCUGCAAUUAUAAACGCAUCAUGAGAUGUUGUGUAAUGGCCAAGGUAUGUGUCCAUCUAGGAUUACAAGAGGAGGAAGUAGUGAAGCACUGUGAACGCUAUGUUGACAUAAUUAAUCAAAUAGAGUUGAUCAAGUAGGACUCAGUUUGGAUUUAAAACUAUUUAGAGUUUAUCAUUGUUUCUAAUGUUGUGGUGUAUUUGUGAAAGUACUUUUUAGGACAUUUCUGAAGUGUACUUGUUUUGGUUUUAUUUUUUUCUACAAACCAUGUUUAGCUUUGAGGAUACGAUGUGUUAUCGCAUCUCUCGUUCUGGCAGCUAUUCUUGAUUACUUGUAUGACGACACUGACUCAUCUUGUUUUGAAGUCCCUUCCUAGAAGUCUGUGCUAGGAUCAUUUAUCUAGCAAACCUUUUAUUUGUUUACUACACGUUCAUAAACUAUAAACAUCUGUAGCAACAACUUCUCAUUUUA